AGUCUUUAGCUAGCCAACCCGCAAGUACCGCUAUGAUAAGUUAAAUACUUGCACUCAUCUUCCAGAACACCACAAAAUUCUACGCUCAACAUGUCCACAAAUUACGACUUCAAGACUGCUCUUGUGACCGGCGGUGGGGGUGGUAUCGGAAAGGCGCUUGCGCACCAGAUGAUAAAAGAUGGGAAGAAAGUCAUCAUCGCUGGUCGCACAGAGUCGAAAUUGCAAGAAGCCGCAAAAGAGAUCGGAGCAACGGCUUACUACGUCCUUGAUACUGGAGAUGUCAAAUCUAUCCCGGCUUUCAUCAAGAAGCUGAUAUCCGAGCAUCCGGACCUCGAUUGCCUCGUCAACAAUGCUGGUGUGCAGCGGCCACUCGACGUCAACGAAAUGGACCCAGAGGAAUUUGGCAGCAAGGCUGACCAGGAAAUCGAUAUCAAUAUCCGUGGACCCAUGCACCUUGCACUUAAUCUGCUCUCACAUUUCAAAACUAAGCCAAUGGCACUGGUGGCCAAUGUAUCUUCCGUUCUUGGCUUCGUGCCAUUCUCCCUCGUCAACCCCGUGUACAACGGUACGAAAGCAUGGGUACACUUCUGGUCAAUGAACCUACGAGCCCAGCUCAAGGAUACAAAGAUCAAGGUCAUCGAGAUUGCGCCGCCCACUGUGGCAACAGACUUACAUCGUGAGAGAAAGGAUCCAGAUGACAACAAGAAAGAGAAGAACAAAGCUGCCUUGAGCGUGGAAGAGUUCAUCGAAGAAACGUUAGGGAAGUGGAAGAAGGGAGACGAGAUGAUUGCCGCCGGCCCUGCAAAUAAGAUUGUGGAUACUUGGCAGGAGAACAUGGGGCCUAUCUUCCACGACAUGGCAAAGUAGUCGCUGCCAAAGAAUUAAUAAUCGAUUUAUACUUGUGGGUUGACACCUCGAGUAGGAUUUGAAAUCGACUGAUAAGACCACGAGACAUGAUGCUCAUGAUUACACCAACACAUGCACGGCAGAAAUGAUACCGACUUGAC